ACAGAGAUCAUGAUGAUGACGGCGCUGCACCAUCCCAACGUUCUGCGCGUGCUGGGAAUGGCUUUGAUGGGCCGAAAACUUGCCAUGGUCUCUGAGUUCGUCCCAGGGGGGGAUGUUUCCCAGCGAUUACAGAAAGCUGCCAAAGGUACAGAGCCCUUCCCCUGGAAGGAGCGGCUGCGCAUCGCCAGGGGGAGUCUGGAGGGGCUGGCGGCCAUUCACAGGGAGGGAUUCAUCCACCGCGACUUCAAGGCCGCCAAUGUGCUUCUAACGAAGACGCUCGUUCCCAAGGUGGCGGAUUUCGGAUUGGCCAAGGCUUGCCAGGACAAGACACAUGUCACAACGAGAGUGGCUGGGUCGCUGGGCUAUAUGGACCCUUCAUACUUUGAGAGAG